AGCUUAGCUCAGACGACUCUCUGAAAGUAAAGUUCAAAGCCCAGGCAUUGAUCUACCCAGUGCUGCAAGCUCUUGACUUCUACACCCCGUCAUACCAACAGAACCAGGCUGUGCCCAUCCUCUACCGGCCUUAUAUGGCUCGAUUCUGGCUUCAGUACCUGGGGGCUGACUCCUCCCUUGAGCCCCUCCUGCUGGCUAACAAUCACAGCUCUCUGGACCAGCUGGCGAUCAGCGCCACGACCCGCUCCAAGCUGAACUGGACAGCUUUGCUGCCGGCGGAGCGCAAGAAGAACUUCAAGCCGGUUGUUAAAGAAAAGGGAUCACCGGGUGUGGUGGGUGAGGUGCCCGGGCUGAUGGACGUUAGGGCAGCACCACUACUGGCAGAGAAGGGUGUUCUGGGUAAAACACCCAAGGCGUAUGUGAUGACGUGUGAGUUUGACGUGCUGAGGGACGACGGGCUGAUGUACGGCGGACGCCUGCGUGAAGCUGGCGUCGAGGUGACUAGUGACCACUAUGAGGACGGUUUCCAUGGCUGCAUGGUGUUUGCAAACCUGCCAAUGAUGUCGAGUGUCGGACAAAGAAGCGUGAGGAACUACAUCCGCUGGCUGGACCAGAACCUAUAAACAAAGAGGGUUUUCCUCACAUCUGGGAGCUCUUUGUUUAAUUGUUACAGAUAUACAUCACUCAUGAAGGUGCAGAACAUCACAUCUGCAAACAGAUGUGAUAAUUAGAUUUUCUGCAUUAGAGCUACUUUAAUACAAUUCACUGGAUCUUAGUAUUUGAUGGGAAGUAGAGGCAAAACCAAAGAAAGAUAUUCAUAAAACCAAACAUUAUUAUUAUGUGGCAGCAUUUUCAGGUAGGCAAUAUAUUUAUGGCUUAUUUAUUUAUUCAAAAAAUUAUAAAAGAUUUUUUAGUUCUAAGCUAAUUUUACACUGGUUUGAAAAAAGAAAUUCACAUUAUAUAAUGAAAAAGUCAGUCACUGGACAAAAAAUACAUAAUGAAGCAGGGUUUUACUUUGUUAGAAAAUGUGUGCAUUCCUAAAUUUAUAUUAUUGUGCAAUUUAUUUAAUAUAAUAGUUAACUAGUUCAUUUAUGUGCAUAUUUUAUUAUUUGUGUAUUUUAUUUAACUAGUUUGUGUUUCAAUUAUUUACUUUUCAAUUUGACACAACAGGGUGCUGUACAGACCACAAAGCAUGUGCUGUUUGUGAGGCCUGAGUGAGUAGUUAUGUCUAAAAGUACAUAGUUUAAAGCCAUUACUUGUGUUUAUGACAUAUGGAAUGUCCUCAGAAAAUAACUUAAGAUCAUGUGAACAGACUUUGUCAACUGCACCUUAAAUUUAAAUGCAGCAAAUAUGGCAUGGGAAUGAAUUAUCUAUUCUUCUAGGGCCACUUCCUUGGUUCCUGAAAUCCAUUGACCUUGAAGUACAAAACUUGCAACAGUAAUAACUUGAUUCAUAUUAAAUGUUCUCUUAGUUGUUUUUUUCUUGGUUUACAACUGGUCAACCGCUUUAAGUUAGCAGGUGAAGACAAUCUGGCCUCUUUCCCAGCAGGAACAAACCUUUAGCUUUAGAUUUUAGAGAAAGUUAGCAUCACUGCAUCAUAUUAUAUUAGAUAAUUUCCGAAAUCUACACUGCAAGGACUUUCUGUAACUUCCUGCAAACACUUUUCUCAGGCGUGAUUUAUGAUCAUGCUGAGAUGCUUUAGCACUGAAGGUAAUAAAGACCUCCUUGUGUUGUGAUCGUCUACUAUUAAAUUAAUUUGAACUGAAUAUCAUGGUUGAAAAGAGUAACUGUUAAUCGAGUAGUAGAUAACAAAGUGAUCCAAGUUCAGACAUUCUUUGAGAAGUUGUUGUGAUUAAGUCAAGCAAAGAACUAGUCAAGCUAAAGCUACUGAAACUAAUGAUUAAUCAAGUUAAUAGCUAUUUAGGCUAAAAGGUACUUAAGCUUAGGCUACUAAAGAUAAUGACUACUUAACCUAAUGACUACCCAUUCUAACACUUUCUUUGCUAGCUUGUAGGUGAAGAUGUCUUGAAGUGUAAAAGCAGUCAAGACUAAACAAGAUCAAGCUCACAAGAACUUACGCUUCUGGCUACUCAAUUUGAGGGCUACUCCAACUACCUUCUAUUAACUAAACUUAAACAUUUCUUUAGCAAACAGCUAAAUAAACCAACAGCUACUCAAGCUAAUAAAUACUCAUGGUAGUUACCAACUAGGGAAAUGACUAAUCAACCUAAUAGCUUCAUGUGAUCAUGGCUGUUCAAGCUAAUAGCUUCUCAAACUAAAAGGUAUUUAAGCUGACACAUACACAAACUAAUAGUUAACUCAUCAAGUCACUAGUUAAAUUUAUAGCUUGACUGGUGACCUGCAAACAGCUAAACUAGCUAACCUAAUUAAGCUAAAGCUACCUUUGCUUUGGACUAUGCAAGGUAACAGCAAUUUAGGCUACUAGCAACCCAGUUGAUAAGGUAACAGCUAACUGCUAUUCAAAUGACAGACUACUUAACUCUCUGGCUACUCAAGCUAAUAAAUACUUGAACUAUUCUGGUCAAACUAAUGUUUACUCAGGACUACUCAAGCUAUUGGCUGCGCAAACCAAUAGCUACUUAUUCUUAGUUGUGACGGGCUAUGGCUACUACGACUAAAGGCUACUCAACCUAGCUGCCAUUUAGGCUAGCGAAUUCUCAAGCCAAGCUGAUCACAAUUUCUGAAAUUAGCCGAGGACGUCUCCGGCUUGUAACUGUAAAGUUUUGUCAGUGGGAAAGGUAGGGACGGCGCAGGUGUUUGGUUGUCGCGUGCAACGCUGAUGGGGGUCGGCACAUUUCCCUCUUCUACUAGCUUUCUGUGACGCUGACAACAGCGCGUCCAGGUACCUUAAUAGCUCUUGCUGUGCACAAUUUUUCUCGUACAUGAAAUGGUGAAAUCGGGGGAUAUUUCUGGGAACAAGUCUUCAAAAACCCAGAAAUCGGAAAUUUCUGUUCAACCUAUCUCAAGCUAACCGCUGCUUAACAUCUACUCAAGCUACCAGAUUGCCAAAAUAACAGCUCAUCAAGUUAACAACUACUCAGUAUAAUAAGUAUCGACACGUGAUGUCAGCGUCACAUAUUUGUCACAGACUGUGAUGCACAGGACCCUUAAACUCUGUUUUGCCAUGUACAAACAUAAACACCAAAACUCUACUUUGGCUGGAGGUUUUCAGAAAUAAUUGUUUUUAAGUUAUGUAGAACUGAGUUUCCAUGUGGUUGGAAGAUCAAAAGAAGGCAUAGAAAUGUAUUCGUUUUCACAGAUAUGUGUGGACAAGGCCUGAGAUCUCUCUGCUUCAGUCAAGAUCGUGAUUGGACACAAGUACCGCACAUAACAAAACUUCUAAAAAAAACUUUGAACUCCCCUUGGGAAGGAAAAUGGGAAUGCUAAUACUGUAUUUAACUUUUUCUUUCCAUAGUUGCACAGCAGUAAUUAUGGUUUCCUUCAAUUAACAAAUUAUCUACAGAAAGAAACAUUCCUGUUUUUUUUUUUUUACUUAACUUCUAAAUGCAGGACAGUAAAAGAACCUAAACUGCAGGUUUGAUAUAGACGUUUUUGAACAUUUUCCAGAGAGCUGUCCCUUGGAAAUAUACAUGACCCACAUAUCUUGAGGAACACUUCAUGAUUAGUUUUUCGGGCCAAAGCUAAAUGCAAUAGUUUAGCAAAGAAUUAUGCAAGAACAGCAUUUAAUCUGUUACGGCUUUAGUUAUUCCACUGUUUUUAAGCAUGCUCUACCGGUCAUCCGUCUUAUUUCUUUUAAAAUGGGAUUUUCUUUUGUGCUUAAUGUAAAAUUGAGAUUUAUGAUCUGAAUGGUGCAGUUUUAAAUUGUUAGACCUCAGAGUAAAAUCAGAUGUUUUAUUCUGUAACAAUGCCCUGAGAGACUGCAGAGGUCUACCGACACAUGUAACAAGAAGUCAGGGUUGGCUGCGUUCGUGUGUUGCAGUAAAAGUAUGCCAGAGUUCACAGCUGUGAAGACUCAACAUUGUGCAAUACUGUGUGUGUCUGAGUGUCUCUCACAUGCUGUAACUUCAAGAUCACUGCACUGCAGGGCCUGUGCAAUGAGGAGCGUGAUGAUGGCUAUGAAAUCUAUUAGUACAUUGCUUUAUCACCAUCAGAGAGUAGAUUCCAGGUGGGCUAUCAUGUUUCUCCUCCACUGCUGUCUUAAAACUAAUAACACUAAAUGACUUCAGUGUGUACCAGACAGACAAGGCUCUGGGUUUUCACCCAAACCAGAACCAGUGACCUGAUUGUGGUCGUUACUUCUCCACUCUGUGAAUCACCAAGCUGCGGUUUUCCAGACUCAACAAUGAAUAAAAAAAAAAAAAUAUGUAUAAGAAGGAUUUAAUCUGUAGGGAUCACUUGUGUAUUGUUUAAAAUUAGGCAUUAUAAAAGUAAAUAUUAGAUAAAUAAAGGGCACCUUAAACGAGCCGUGUUAUGCAGCAGGUUGUUUCAGGCGAGCAAAUAUGUGAAAAUGGGGUGCAGAUGGACAUUCGUAUUUUCUUUCAUUUGUCUCCAUGGAUUUUAUGCAUUUAAAAAAAAAUGGUUAUACAAAAUAUUUCUGUCCAUGUUUUGGUGUAUGUUAACAUUCCUCCAUCAUCUUUGCCUCUGGUUACAUGGUUAAUAUGCAUAAGGAUCCGUCUGCUUUUUAGGGCGAGGCUUGAGCAAAAGAUGUUUCUCUUUAUGUCACAUUAAUAUGUUUUUAUCCAUAUUAACGUAUAUAACUGUAUGUCUAAAUGCUUUUGGAUGAAAUGACUGGUACACUGAUGCAGAAUAUUUGUGAAAGUUGAAGUUAAGUAACAUUCAUACAUCUUUUUUUCUGCUUGCGAGAUUCAGUUAAUGUAUUUAUUUUUUAUUGCUGAUAUUAUUUUGUUGUUACUAUGCCUCUGCAAAUUCUCAGUUAUCCGGGUCAUCUUGUUAAGCAUUAAAAUGUUCACACUAUGGUUAAAACUAGAUUUAAGGACAUUAAACUGUAAAAUAAACUUUGCAGAACUUUC